UAUCUUCGGAAUUGUUCGGUGGGGAAAAAAAUCCGGUUUUUGGAGGGGGAGCCGUGGAGCUAUUUGAAUCACCGUUACCCUUUACCAAAAUCAAAGAAGGCUUUCUCUCUCCUGUGGCGGCUCUCAUCAUCUCUCUCUCUCUCUCUCUCUCUCCUAGGGUUUUCUGUUCUUCUUCUCCACCCCUCUUUCUUCUAUUCUUCCCUCUUCGGUUUCACUUUCGAAUCAUCAUCUGCUUUUCACUCAGCUCGGCGUUUCGAGAUCCAACCAUGGCGGCCGUUGCUUCUGCUGCAGAUCAAGCAACAGAAUUGCUUCAGAAGCUGUCAAUGGAAUCCAAGAACAAAACGCAUGAAGGUCAUGAGGUAUCCAAGAAGUCUUCUGGAAUUCAGUAUGGAUCUUCAAAUGGAGUUGAAGCACCUAAGGCUCAGAUGCCACUAUCAGAGCGUUCUGUAACUCCCGUGCUUCCUGAAUAUGUGGAUCCUAAUAUUUGCUAUCUUCCCAAUGGAUAUCCCUCAACUGCUUAUUACUAUGGAGCUUAUGAUGGUUCAGUGAACGAAUGGGAUUAUUCUAGAUAUGCGGAAGGAGUCGAGGUGCCACAUGGAGUUUAUGGUGAUAUGUAUCACCACGGAUACGGAUAUGCACCUUAUGCCGCCUAUCAUCACUCUUCCGGCUCUCCUAUUCCAUCUUUGGGUCACGAGAGCCAUAUAUAUGGCGCACAACACUACCCAUACCUUUCGCCGUAUACCCAGCCGCAAGCAGCCAUGAACGGAACUUACUCUUCCAACAACUCCAGUCCUCCGACAGAUAUUAACUCAGCCGCCAUGGGGGAUAAACCUCCCGUCACUGUUGAACCCAUCAAAUCUAACGGGAACAAGGAGUACGUGCCUCUAAAACAAAGCCCGCAAAAUUCUCCUUUGACGUCUAACGGUAUGUACAGCAGAGGUUUUUCGGUUGGCGGACUCCCCUCUUCUGGUUACCAGGACCCAAGGUUUGGUUAUGAUGGCGUUCGAUCGCCCGUUCCGUGGUUUGAUGGACCUACUUUAUCUGAUCCUUAUGCCAGAUCUGCUACUCCCAAUGCCGUAUCUUCAGCUACACCGCAUAAUAUUAAUUUGGAAUCACCUAGAAAUCAGAAUGCUCAUUCGUUUCCUCAACUCAUGGGCCUCAAUGCUACUAGACCAACAACAGGUCAUGGUAUCAUGAACAGGAUGUACCCAGCCAAUCAAAUCUAUGGACAGUGUGGUAAUUCUUACCGGUCCGGUUUUGGGUUCGGAUCGAAUUUGUACGAUUCUCAUCUCAACGAUCGAUGGGGAAUGUCGUCGUUUGACGGAAAAUACAAGCCCAGAGGCCGCGGCAAUGGCUUUUACAGUUACGGGAAUGAGAAUUUCGAUGGAUUAAGCGAGUUAAGCAGAGGACCGAGAGCAAAUCGCUCGAAAAAUUACAAGAGUCCUCUCUCUAAUGUCACCUUAGCAACGAAAGGGCAGCCCCUCCCUACAAAUGAAAGCAUUGUGGAUCCCAACAGAGAACAAUACAACAGAGCGGAUUUCUCCGAUAUGUACUCGGAGGCGAAGUUUUUUGUGAUAAAAUCGUAUAGCGAAGACGAUAUUCACCGGAGUAUAAAGUAUAACGUGUGGGCCAGUACGCCGAAUGGGAAUAAGAAGCUCGAUGCUGCAUACAAGGAGGCGAAGGAGAAGGGAGUCGAAUGCCCAGUGUUUCUAUUUUUCUCCGUGAAUACGAGUGGGCAGUUUGUCGGUGUCGCCGAGAUGGUCGGACCCGUCGACUUCGAUAAGACGGUUGAUUACUGGCAGCAAGAUAAGUGGAAUGGUUGCUUUGAUGUUAAGUGGCAUAUUGUGAAUGAUGUGCCAAACAAUAUUCUGAAGCACAUAACAAUUGAGAGCAAUGACAACAAACCUGUUACAAACAGUAGAGACACUCAGGAG